GUACCUGAAACCACUGGCGAUUGGACGGUUGCCAUCAUGAUCGUAGUAGGAGUGAUUGUCUUCUCCAUUUUGUUCCUCAUCUGCUGGGUCUCUCCCAGCUGCAAUCUCUAUAAGAAGUGCCGAAACCCUAGCCCUGGGAUGGGAGUAACUACAGUCGUGACUACACAACAUCUUCCGCAGCCGACUGUCAUUAUUGGAGGUCAGAGCCAUAUGUACCGGGACGCCACCACCAUAUCAGGAGGCUGUAACGUUAACCGCAACAUUUGCCUGAAAAGGAAGUUGUAAUGGAGAAGUUGAUGACCCUGAAAUCCAAAACAUUGCGCGUGUCGUUGAUUCUCUGUACGCCCUCCUGUCCUGACUGAUUAUUAUUCACGAGUCGUCUUCCCUUAGCGCGUGUCUUGACAGCGCUGUAGACACCAUCAGAAGUUUAUGAUGUUUUGAAGAUAAGAAGCUCUAUAAUGACUUCCCGUGUUUUGAUCUAUCUGAUAUUGACUGUGAUUUUAUUCCACGUAACAGCUGCUUCUGAUUGUAAAGAUUACACGAGCAGCAGUGGCUCGUAUAAAUCCCGCUCUAGCUGCGGUUACAGGCAAUUCUGCUGUGGGACGUGCAACAACAGAUACUGCUGCUCAAAUUCAUAUGACAGGUUGAAUCAAGAUGCCUGCAUUAUAAAAAGCUUUAGUAAUGCUAUCACUGGAUUGAUAGUACUGGCGAUUGCGGUCUUCGUCAUCCUGACUCUCAUCUGUUGUUGCUGUCCGUGCUGCUGUCUCUACAACGUGUGCAGAAAACCCAGACCCGUGGUGGGAACGUCAACCACAACAGUUGUAAAUACGCAAUGCGUUAUGCAGCAGCCUCCCGUCCAGGGAGCUCAAUACCCACCAUAUCAGCCUGUGCCAACACAGCCACCUUAUGGAGGGCAGCCUUAUCCAGCACAGUCAUAUGCACACGGACAAUACCAGGCACAGCCAUAUGCACAAGGACCAUAUCAGGCACAGCCAUACGCACCAGGACCCCCACCCCCAUAUCAGACAGUUGGCCCUGGAUAUCCCAGCAGUCAGGCUGCAUAUCCACCUACUCAGGCAGGUUUCGCUCCUAUGCCCCAGCCAACAGACACCUCGAAACAGCCACCGUAUAACCCCGCCUUUAUGCAGCCACCACCCACCUAAUACUAAACCGCAGACGUCUGUCACAUCAGUCAUUGCUGGAUUUCUGAGGACUAUGCACUUUACUUCUGCAUUUUAAAGUGACGCGUUACAUUACUCUUAAGGUGUUAUUCUUUAAAACUUUAUUUAACUUUAACUUAAUCUUCUACUCAUAGUCACCUGAGUCUCUCUCUCUCUCUCUGUUUUCUACAACUUAACCAUUUGGCUUGUAUUUUUUAAUUAGAAAUGGUGUUUUAUGCUGCCAACAUGUGUUUAGACUUUGUGCUACUUUGUGUAUUUUUUUUUAUUUUAACUUUGUAUAAUAGAUGUAGUUUUGUGCCAUUGUAUGUUUGUGUGUGAUUUCUCACAUAUGGCGUAGGCCUACCUGCGUAUGUAAUGAUGCAAAAAAAGGGGUUUUGAGUGUAUUUGUCAGUAUUUAAAGGUCCACCGUGUAGAUUUUUAGCAUUGCAACUAAUAUGUAUAUGAAAAUGGGUCAUUCUAAUGUAAUAAAAACAAUAGAGUUCAUUAUGUACGGUCUUUAUGCAUCACUGAUAAUAAAGUUAUGUAAAUGAUAUUG